GGGUCUAUUUUGCCGAGGGAGCCGCGGGGCCGGGGCGGCGGGGGGAGCAGCCCUAGCCCUUUAAGCUGCCCGCCCCGCGGGCAGGCCGCGGCGGCAGCUGCCGGCUAUUUAUACGCGGGCGGCGGCAGCGGGCGCUGGGCCGUUCUGGUCCUGGUGCGGGCCCGGGCCUCGGGCUGCCAUGGAGCCGCCUGUCUCCUCCACCCCGGUGAGCGGGAGCCGCUCCCCCCGCGCUGCCGAUCCCCCCGUCUCGCCGCUGAUCCAGCCGCAGAGCCCGAUGCGGCUGAGCCGGCUGCAGGAGAAGGAGGAGCUGCAGCAGCUCAACGACCGCCUGGCCGCCUACAUCGAGCGGGUGCGGGCGCUGGAGGCCGACAGGUCGGUGCUGCAGCAGCAGCUGGCGGAGCUGGACGCGGAGAGCGACCGGGAGCUGGGCAGCCUGAGGCUCUGCUACGAGGCGGAGCUGGCAGACGCUCGCCGGGCGCUGGACGAUGUUGCCCUAGAGCGGGCCACGCUGCAGGUGGAGCUGGGCAAGAUCAGCGAGCAGUAUCAGCAGCUGCACAGCAGGAAUUCAAAAAAAGAAGCUGAUUUAAACCUGGCACAGACUCGUUUGAGAGACCUUGAUGCUCAGCUGAAUGCGAAGGAAGCUGAAUUAGCAACAGUUUUGAAUGAGAAACGAACCUUGGAGAAUCACCUUUGUGAAUUAAAGGAUCGUGUAGUCACUCUGAAGCUGUCACUGGAAGAUACUGAAAAGCAUCUCCACAGUGAAACGUUGAAGAGGGUGGACCUAGAAAAUAAUAUGAAAACUUUGCAGGAACAAAUGGUGUUCCAGAAGCACCUUCAUGAAGAUGAGCUCAAGGAGACAAAAAGAGUCCAUGAGAGCAGAAUAGCAGAAAUAGAAUCGGUCCGUCAGGGAGAACUUGAGAGUAAGCUCUUGGACCUUCUGCAGGGGCUCAGAAAACAACAUGAAGAACAAAUUCAAGUAUACAAAGAGGAGCUGAAGCGAACAUUCAGUGCAAAAAUGGAAAAUGCCCAGCUAUCUGCAGCAAGAAACAGUGACUUUGCCAGUGCUGCUCAGGAGCAGCUGACGGAAACAAAGAUGAGAAUUGAUGCUCUGACAUCUCAAAUUCAUCAAUAUCAAUGCCAGAAUUUUGCAUUGGAGACCAAAGCAAGGGAGCUACAGGAGAUGCUGGAUUAUGAUCGUGAUCUGCAUCGAAGGCGUAUUGCUGAAAAAGAGAAAGAAAUGGCAGAAACCCAGCAGCAGGCACGAGCACAUUUGGAAGAAUAUGAACAUCUCUUGGAUGUGAAACUGGCUCUAGAUCUGGAAAUAAAUGCCUACAGAAAGUUACUGGAAGCAGAAGAACAUAGGCUAAAGCUGAUACCCAGUACAUCUUCACACACCAUUGCAACUCAAGCAACAAGUCAAGGGUAUGGGAAGAAAAGGAAAAUGAAAGAAGGCAGAAAGAGAAGGCAUAGUGUUGGAUUUAAGAUUGUUCAGCAUGCUUCAUCUUCUGGAAGUGUAUCUAUUGAAGAAAUCGAUGCAGAUGGGAAAUAUGUCAGGCUUAAAAACAACUCUGAUGAGGAUCAACCACUACAUGGAUGGGUGCUAAGACGCCAUCUUGGAAGUGUGUCAGAUAUGACAUACAAAUUCCCAUCACGGUUCACUCUUCAGGCUGGCCAAGUAGUUACAAUCUGGGGUGCAGCUGCUGGUGUAAGCCCAGGUCCUAGUGAUUUGGUCUGGAAGUCUCUGAAGUCUUGGGUAGCUGGGGGUGAUAUUGGAGUUACACUCAUCACUGAUGAUGGUGAGGCACAUGCAGAGAGGAAGAUAAUCCAUGUACCCAGAGAAGAAAGUAGUGAGCAAGAUGAUGAUUAUGAAGAAAUAACUGGAAGUGAAAUGGAGUUUCCAUCUCGGACCAAAAGAAGAAGAAAAAAGAAAUGUUGUUUGGUUUCAUGAUAGUGGUUCCUGUGAGCAUCAUUAAGCAGCAACUUUACAAUACAGUUGUGUGCCAUUUAUGGUAAGAAUCAAUUACAAUACUCCCACUCAAAUGUUAAUGUUGUUCCUGUCUGCUGAAUGCCUAUCUAACUUUUGUCAUUAGUACCUAUAUGCUUCUGGUGCAUUGGUAGUACUGAAAUAAUGGCAUCUUAGUAAAAACCAGGUAAUUGCUUGCAUGCAGUAAAAUGAUGCAAAGAAAGCAUGCUGUGCUUUGUGAAGGCAGGGUUUCCAUGCUUUUUGCUUUUACCAUCCUAACUAGGGUAGCAUGAAUCUGCAUGCCAGUGAAGUUUUGAUGCUUGAGAACAGAGGUACUGAUGGUUAACUUGAUAGGCUUUAAUUAAGGCAUAGGCUCUUCAUGUAUUGCACGGACUCAAACUUCUUAAAAGCUUAUCUUUUUUUCCCUACACCCAAACCAUCUAGUAUAGUUAAGGUGGUGCCUCUCUUUAAAACCUGCUUUGCUUUAUUAUUAAAGUAAAUAAAUCUAAAAACCGCUAAAAACACCAUACACCUAUAUGAAGAUCAGGUAGGUAACCAGCAAUAAAUACAAAGUUGGUACACAUGCUAAUUAUCCCAACGUCUUUUAUUUCUGCAGCAAAAUGAGGAUCCUAGCUGUUCUAUCAUGUAAUGUGGACAAGAAGAUGAUCAUGUGAAAACACUUCUGAACAGACUCCAUGUGUUUUGGUGUCUUCUGCACUAUCUGAAACUUGGAAUUCACAUCUCCCAUCUGACCUCUUUGUAACAAACACUGUCCAUAACAUGAUGAAAUUUCCUACCUUCUGAUAUUGGACCCUGUCCUUGGGUUCACUGAUAAACAGUAGAAUACAAA